UCUUCGCCGCAAUGGUGUCAGUAUUCUAUUUGCAAAUUUCGUGAUUUUACUGUGAAAACCGUGGAAAUACUCUCUAAACGGGCAUAAAUCUCAUCUUAUUGUGUUGUGCAAGAUGUGUUGCACCAAUUCAGUGAUAAAUCCGAUCUGCUAUCGCACAACCAAAGCGGUUUCAGUGCAAUAAAUCUGUGAGGAAGAAAAAAACACACCCAAAGCCGGAAUGUCAACAAAGAAGUCUUUUCUCUUCGGGAUCACCGUCGCAUCCCUCACAUGGACAAUCAGUCUCUAUCUCUACUGGAAGUUGACCCAGAACACAGAUCCCAUCUUGACCACCACGCCCAGUUCCCUGGGAAGCAAGCUGCAGGAGCACAAAGUCGAAUCCAAUGCUCUAGAAUGGAGUCCCAAGAAUUCCGGUAAGAUUAAGGACAAGGACUACGAUAUGUUCGCCCAGAAGCUGCAGAUGUACAAGAAGGAGAAGAAGUUCCGCAAAAUCAGCCGGAAGCUCAUCGAGGAGAUGCGCCCAAUUGUGCCAGAAGUGAGGGAUGAGUUCGGAAUGGUGCGGAACUCAAAGGAUCAGUUCCUGAGGGACGAAGGUUACCGGAAGCACGCUUUCAACACUCUCGUGAGCAAUAAUCUGGGCGUGAGUCGCGAUGUUCCCGACACACGUCACAAACUCUGCCCGCAGCAAGUCUAUCCCAAGGAUCUGCCCACGAUUUCCAUCGUGAUGUGUUUCUACAAUGAACACUUGACGACACUUCUGAGGUCUGUGAAUAGUGUCCUCGUGCGGACGCCGGCGAGGCUGCUGAAGGAGGUGAUUCUGGUGGAUGAUUACAGUCUAGCGGAGGAUCUGAAGAGCCUGGACGGCGAGCUGAGGAAGAUUGACGGCACUGGAAAGGUGAAAAUGCUGCGGAAUGGUGCGCAGAGGGAAGGUUUGAUCCGCUCUCGGGUGAUUGGAUCACGUGAGGCCACCGGAGAUGUGCUCAUCUUCCUGGACAGCCACAUUGAGGUGAACCGAGACUGGGCAGAGCCACUCUUGACUGUGAUAAAAGCCAAUGCGUCCAUUCUGGCCAUGCCAGUCAUCGACAUCAUCAACUCAGACACAUUCAACUACUCGAGCAGCCCUCUGGUGCGCGGCGGCUUCAACUGGGGGCUGCACUUCAAGUGGGACAACCUUCCGGAAGGCACUCUGCGCCAGGACACUGACUUCUUGGGUCCCUUCAACUCACCCACGAUGGCCGGCGGGCUGUUCGCCGUGGACAGGAAGUACUUCCGCGACAUGGGGGAGUAUGACAUGGGCAUGGACAUCUGGGGCGGAGAGAAUCUCGAAAUAUCCUUCAGGAUCUGGCAGUGUGGCGGCGCCAUUCAGCUGGUUCCCUGCUCUCGCGUCGGUCAUGUGUUCCGCAAGAGGCGUCCCUAUGGCUCUUCCGACGGCUCUGACACCAUGAUCCGCAACUCCCUGCGCCUGGCGCACGUGUGGAUGGAUGAGUACUUGAAGUACUUCCUCCAGCAACAGCCGACAGCGCAAUCUGUGGACUAUGGAGACGUUGGGGAGCGGAAAGCGCUGAGAGAACGCCUUCAGUGUCGCUCCUUCAAAUGGUAUCUCGAGAAUAUCUACCCAGAGAUCGAGAUUCCCGGCGAGUCGAGGCGGAAGAACAACGGCAAGGCUGCCCGGCUGCCCAACUUUGAGCCCUGGCACUCACGCCGGCGAAACUACUUGUCCAGCUUCACGAUCCGCCUGACCAACAGCACGCUGUGCGUCACCAGCACGGGCGAGAAGGUGAAGGGCUUCUGGAAGCGCGGCAGCACGCUUCAGCUGAUGCCCUGCCUGCGCAUGCAGACGCAAGUGUGGUACGAGACGGACAAGAACGAGCUGAUCCUGGGACAGCUGCUCUGUCUGGAGGCGUCGACGAGCGCCUCCGGGCAGUUCGCCUCCACGCCGAUCCUCAACAAAUGCCACGAAAUGGGCGGCGACCAGGAGUGGCGCCACAAAAGAACGAAAUCCACGCCAAUCUACAAUCUGGCGGCCGGGCUGUGUUUGAGCGCCAAGUCGGUGGUCAAGGGCGCCGCCAUCACCAUGUCCAUCUGCUCCACGAGCGACGACGUGAAUCUCAAUGCCUGGGAUCUGGUCACAUCGCCGCUGGUCACGUGAAAGUCACUCUCUUCCAUCAUUCCAAGAGCCGUUUUGUAAGAACAAUAACGCUGCCAAAGGGCAGCUCGUAAGUCUGAAAUAAAUGUUUUCAGUUUUGCUAAAGAUUCUCCACAUUUUCCACCGAUUUU